AUGGAUUUGCCACCAUCCAUCGCAAUAAUCGGUGCUGGGCCGAGUGGUCUCCUUCUCGCACGGCUCCUAGAGGUGAAUGGGGUUACGGAUUAUGUCGUUUAUGAAAGGGAUGACUCGUCCACCCCAGGUCCGUGGCAGCAAGGCGGUUCCCUCGAUCUCCAUGGCCCGUCAGGUCAAUUGGCACUCAAGGAAGCAGGGCUAUUCGAUGAAUUCAACACGGUCUACGCACGCUGGGAUGCCUCCAAGAUCCACAUUCUCAAAGAUUCUGGUGAAACAAUUGGACGCUUUGGCGAGGGCCGCGACGCGCCAGAGAUCGAUCGCCUGCAGCUACGUCAGCUUCUACUUGGGUCUAUACCUGCACACAAAGUCAAAUGGGAUCACGGCGUUCGCUCUAUUGAGAAAAAGGAGACCAAUGGUCGUGGAGGUAUCUGCAACGACUGUAUUAUCCACUUUGCCAAUGGUACAUCGGGUAGUGGGUUCAAGCUUAUCGUUGGAGCUGACGGCGGUUGGAGUAAAGUCCGCCCUCUGAUCUCAUCAGCACAGCCGGUGUAUUCCGGAAAAAUGUACAUCGAAGGGAAUAUCUCACACAGCAACCCAAGUUACAAAACAGCCCUCGAAUUGGCCGGACCGGGAAUGAUGAUGGCUAUAGGUCAAUGGAAAAGCUUGGCUUUGCAGCAAGGAGCCGACGGAACGUACAGGAUGUACUUUGGUGUUGUUGUCCCGGAAGACUUUUACAGUCACCGCGAUGGCAGUGCUGUUGAAAAGACAGAAGCCGUGCGACAGAUGAUGCUAUCGUCAGAUAAAUUCUACGCAAACUGGGCACCACAACUCAAAGCUAUCGCGGUGAAUGCCGAGGGUCCUUUCCGCGCCUGGACUUUGCACUAUUUGAAGGCAGAAGAAGUUGGGUGGAAACGUGACGCAGCUACAGGCGUGACGCUGCUUGGAGAUGCAGCGCAUCUUUCGACGCCGUUUGUGGGAGAAGGAGUCAAUUGCGCCAUGUACGAUGCUGUAUUACUGGCUAAGUGCCUUGUUAGGCUUUGUGACGGAGGCUUGAGCUUCCACAGUGUCCCGGAAGCGAGCUUGGACGAGGCUCUAGCUUCAUACGAAAACGAGAUGUUUGGGCGCGGCCGUGACUUGAUUCAGCGCAGCGCGAAGAGUGAAUCCGUGCUUUUCAGUGAGAAUGGAGUGGAAAACAUUCUCGGGAUUGUCGAUGGUGAGCAUGAAAAUCUGCUAUAUGAUGUCAAGGCCUCCACUGUCGAGUAA